AUGCGGCCUAGUUUACUCAAGAGAGCGCGAAGCCACACCAACCGUCAGUCUAUCAGUGAUAUGUUGCAUUCUCGCGGAAGCUCGCCACACCCUCAAGCCGACACUGUCUCCGGCCAUAAAUUGAUCGAAGAGGAAACUCUGCCCAAGUACAAUGCCGACACUUUUUACCCUGCUCGUCUAGGAGAAGUCCUCCACGACCGGUACAAGUUAGUCGUCAAGUUGGGCUUCGGCAUGACAGCCACUGUCUGGUUGGCCAAAGAUCUCCAAGCUUCUCCAAAUUCAGGCAAUCGUAAAUACGUUACCAUCAAGAUUAACGUCAACACGUUGACCGAUGACUAUCUAAAAGGUCGGAGAGAAAUAGCCCAAAAGCUCUUCUCUGCAAACCCCCAGCAUGUAGGCUACACCCACAUCAGAUUCAUGCUCGACACAUUCAAAAUCAAAAGCAAACACGGUUCUCAUCUGUGCAUUGUCUACGAUGUCCUACGAGAGCCCAUCGACCUUUGUAUGGAGAAAUUCCCGGGCCGACGCUUCAGUUGCGAGAAAAUCCGGAUCCUGUUGCCCGCUUUACUUACAGGUCUUGACUAUCUUCACUCCGAAUGUGGGGUGGUACACACCGAUCUCAAAGCUGACAACAUAAUGAUGGGUCUUGGCGAUCCGACUAUCCUGGAUCGAUUUGUGCAGCACGAAAUCGAACAUCCAUCUCCGCGAAAAAUGCCCGACUCGCACGGACGUAUCAUCUAUACCUCGUGCAGCGAUUUUGGCGAGGCUCCAACACAUGCAGUCAUUGCCUCUGCCAAAAUCACCGACAUUGGCCUCGCAGUGUUCGGAGACGAGAAGAACACCAAGCCCAUCCAAUCCAAUGCAUUUAUGGCCCCUGAAGUCAUAUUGCAAUGUGGUUGGUCAUAUCCAGCAGAUAUAUGGAAUCUGGCAGUCAUGCUAUGGGAUUUGUUUGAGAACUUUGGUCUAUUCGACUCCAUCGAUACGAGACCAGGCCAUUACCAGCCAGCGAGACAUCUUGGUCUGAUGAUCGCAUUGAUGGGACCUCCUCCAAAGGAGUUUCUCAAGCGAGGGGCAAAGUCUCAUCAAUUCUUCGACUCGCAAGGCGAAUUCAAGUAUCCAGACUACAUCCUGAAAGAUCUCGACUGGGACGCAUCCGUGUCGCGCCUGCGAGGCGAAGAAAAAGAUCUUUUCAUCGACUUCGCCAAGAAGAUGAUCACUUGGGUUCCUGAAGAGCGGUGGACGGCCAAGCAGCUCCUCGAACAUCCAUUCUUGACCAAGGAGCGCGAUCCCAACUAUCUCACGCCAACACCGAGUCUCAGCCGCGCGUCGACGGCAUCAAUGGGCUCUAUCAUCCCCUCACGAACAGCCACGCCCGGGCCGCCACCGACCUCCCACCCAGCACCGGCACUGAGCAGCUCCAUGCUCUCUGUGCCAUGCAACACAGGGUCUUCAGCCGCAACAUCCAAAGGCCUCGAGAGAACAUCCUCACGCCCCAGUACACCAGCGAAAGACAACGAACUGGAUCUAUCACGCCCCCCUUCACGAGCAUCGACUUUCAGCACCAACUCAGUCACGCUGACCUCUCGGCCCAAGCAGAAAGAACGCGCUUCCAGCGACACCACCACCCUCUGCCCACCACCAGCCACCAUCAACACGGACAAUAGGUCCUCUCAAGAUCUCAUCGAUUCCAUUCUGAAGAGAGGAAAACAAGGGAACGGAAAAGCCAACGGGAAAGUCCACCAGGACCCCAUCGAGGAGGAACCAACUUAA